AUAUUGUCCAGUCGUAAUUUUUAUUGUUUAAUUUGAAAUAUCCAAUUAUACCGAGAUAUGGUGUGUUAAAUACAUAUAUGAUGUAUAAUACUUCAAAAAGUAAUAAUUUUCUUUAAUUUAUCAUAAUUCUAUUAACUUAAUGUGAUUAUGCUAACUAGUUUUUAAUUAAGCCAUGAAUAGUAAGAUAUUGAACACAAUUGCUAAUGCUAUAGAAAACAGAGAAGAAUUGAAAAAGAGGACAGAGACAGGGCAACAAAUUCUGCAAGAAUUACAAACUUGUGUUGAUAAUUGCAAAAACCGUUUUGGUGGAAAAUCUGAACUUGCAACAGAAGAUGAUUUAAGAAUAGUUCAACUGUGUGAAAAAUGGGAAAAAAUACUUAGUCAUGGAAUCAAAACAAAUUUAUCAAAUUCUACAAUACAGAACUUGGUUUCUGCUGGUUUAAACUUCACAUUUAAUAUUAUUAAUGUUGGUAACACACUUUGGAGCUACUGUUGUCUACAUCUAACUAAACAUGAAAAAGAAAGGUUUAAGAUUCUAUCCAAUAUCAACACUCCAUUAGGUUAUUUUAGAGCAUUCAUAAGAGCAGCACUAAAUGAGCGAUCUUUAGAGAGAUAUUUGCAAAGUUGGAUAAGCCAUGGGCUUUUAUCAGAAUAUUAUGAAGAAGAUGCUUUGGUCAGAACUAGUGAAGCUAAUUUACUGCCUGAUAUUGCCGCUGGUUUAUCAACAAUUUUAUUUGCUUUAUCAAUAGACAAAGCUAUACUCAAUGAUUCACAACAAAUAACUCAAACAACAAAACCGGAGCAUGUCAUUCCUCUGCCCACCCCAAUUAAAGCAUCAGGAAAUGUUAACAGGAAGCCUAUACGUCAAGUUAUAACAUUUGAGGAACAAAAUGACAGGAAAAAUAUAAACAAAACAAUAAAUCCUGUUUCUCAAACUUCUACAUUAUGGAACAGUGCCCCUCCUACAUGUCUUAAUUCUCCAGAUCCUGUAAUAAUUCCUCAGUUAACAUCAGCAAGUGAACCAACCAGUUCGGAGUACAAAAGUGGUAUACGUCACUUCUUUCCUGACAGUGUUAAAGGAAUUGACAGUCCGUCACAAAUUCUUACAAGACUGUCGGAAUGUGCUAAAGAAAUAUUCUCAUCUUCCAGUAGUAUAGAUAGAAAUAAUGUAUCCAAAGAUGAUAAUGUAUCAGAUUUAAGUGUAAAUUGCUUGAAAAUAUAUGAGAGUGAUAGUGAGGAAGUUGCGGGCAGUAUAGACGGCAGCACAUCAUGUUUGGAACUUUGUUUCACAGAAGAUGAAGGAGGUAGUGAUGAGAAAAGAGUUAGUUCUAUUUUAGAUCAUAGGGAAAAAGAGUAUUUAGAUUUACAAAUCAAAUUCAAUCAGUUUGAACUGAGUAGCAAAGAGAAAGUGCAGAAAUUGGAGAAAACUGUUGGGGACCUAAACAAGGAGAACGAAAGGCUAAAAGACCAACUAAGGCGUUACAUGUCGGCCGUAGAAACUGGUAUAGCCUUGAAAAAUGGCAGCGAACAUGAUGAAGAAAUAAGUUCUUAUGAAAAGAAACUUGUGCAAGUUGCAGAAAUGCAUGCAGAACUCAUGGAAUUUAAUCAGCAUUUGCAAAGACGGCUACAAGACCUGGAAAGUGCAUCAGGGUUAGAGAUUUUAGAUUACCCUGAAUCAAAUGUAAAAGUGUUUAUUCCAAGUGCAUUCUUAGUUGGAAAAAGAACUCAUUCGUACCACGUGUACCAGAUUUUUAUCAAAGUAGGCCUUGAAGAGUGGAAUGUGUAUCACAGAUACGCAAAGUUCCAUGAACUCCACACGCAGCUAAAGAAAUGCCAUCCGGAUAUAGCUAAUUAUAAAUUCCCACCAAAGAAGACGCUUAGGAAACGAGAUGCUAACCUCGUGGAAAAGCGGCGGCUGGCGUUGCAGGCGUACCUCCGGCACGUUCUGCUGGUGUUGCCAGAACUUCGCGAGUGCACCAGUCGUGCUCAACUCAUCACGUUACUACCAUUUUUUGGAACCUCAUCGAGUGUUAAAGAAAAUGGUGUUAAUGCAACUUUAGACCAACAUUCUAGUGAUUCCAUAUCGACUUACGACGGACUAUGAUGUAGCCUUACUGUGAAGAAUAUUUAAUUACCAAUUGUUGUUUUACAAUAACACUAAUGCAAUAAAAGUAGAGCUAAAAGAUACUUAAAUUCGACAAUAUUCCUUGCAUGUUUACAGAGAUAUGCUAAACCAUAGAGAUUUUGCACAAUAUAUGUUUUGAAUUUCUCUAAUUAGAAACAGUUUAUAACAAUAGACAAAUAUAUUUGUGGUUGAUUAACACCAUAGUAACAUGUAGGCAAGGUAAAGAAGGUAGACGAAGUAGUAGACUGGGUCUUCCUAUCUGUAGUAGCAGGCUUCGAACAAAGAUAAUGCUAAGUGUUUGAGUUCUGUAUUAAAUAUCUCUAGUUUUAUGUAUAUUUAUAUUAUACCAUAUAUUUAACCGUGAAAUAAGGUUAUGUAUAUAUUGUUUUUGUAUCCAAAAUUACAUCUGUGAUAACAUUAGUCAGUAAAAAUGACGAAAGAAUUUCAAUGAAGUAAGAAGUAUAUGUGGUCAAUAGAAUGUUAAUAUUGAAAUAUAUAUUCGUAUUAAUUUUUUAAUCAAUUAAUUUUUGUAUAAACAGUAUGUUUUAUUAAAUUGUUUAAAUUAAUUAUUGAAUUAUAAAAUUGUAUAGUUUUUUUUAACAUAGAGUAACUUAUAGAUGCUUUGUUCCAUACCAAGUGGUGACUUUAUUAUUAGUCAAUGAAUUUUGGUAAUUGAAGGUAAAAUCACUGAAUGAAAUGUAAUAAUAUUAUGAUUAUAACUGUUAUUAUUUAUUAAUUUAAUUUGCAAAGUUAAAUGUAAUCCAAAAUAUCAUUACAUUGAACAAUUUAUCAUUUACAUAUUCUUUCUUAUUAAGCUUAGUUUAAAAGAAUGCACUAACCGUGGGUUUUUGUGCCCAAAACCUCCGUAAAAACAUAUCGUCGUCACUGUCAUUAUCUUUGACAAAGCAGAGAUAACAAUAUGUUUUAAAUAGAGAUUUUGGUCUCUGAAACUCACGCUAAAAAUUGAAGGAUAUUUUUAUUAGAAUACUACAUGAAAUGGUUGUCAUAUAGCAAGUCUGUGAAGUUGUUUUUAGAAUGGAUUAUUCAAUUGGAUGGAAUGGAUUUAGUAUGGUUUCAAAGAAUUUUUACAUAUUUCGUGACAGAACCUUUAGUAGCACCUUUACCGGCCCAGAUAAGUUUGAUUUUGAUGUACUGUCAAAUGUGAUUUAUUAAAUUGUCUCUACAAUUGUGUUUAUUUACACAACAUUGACAACGAAGGAUAUGUAAAAAUAAUUAUAGUACUUCAUCAAUCUUUCUUACCGUGGGUUUCCACUGACGAGACUUACAAAAUAGUAUAUUUUCAUUAUCAUCCCUCUGAUCCUCUUUGAAUAAAAUAAUGUUUGUACAUGUGAUUUAGCAGUGGAAACCCACCGUGUUGUAUCUAAAAUUCAUCAUAUCAUAUAGAAAGCCUUAACACAGCUUUAGUAUUUUAAAAACGAAUAUAGGAGCACACGAUGUAAUGUAGUAAUAUUUUGUAAAUUAUGAAGUCGUAGAUGUUUUUAUAUCAUUUGUAUAUAUUGUUACAGUUAUGGCUGUAUGUUUAUCGUUAAAUAUAUAUUUACUAAUAAAAUUAUAACUUAAACCAGCUUUGUCUUACUGAAACUUAAUUUUUCUUAUCAGGUACGACGUAUUGGAAGGAUUAAAUGAAAAAUACUCACAUAGCAAAUUAAAUUCAUAAUUUUAUUUUUAUAAUAAAUAAAAAUCAAGGAAACGCUCUUCCGAACAUUUUCCAUUUAUUAAAUACAUCGUACAAAAGAUGUAAAUACAAACUAAAUCACUUGGUGCAAAGGCAAGCCUGUCGGUCCGCGGGCGGUCGCGGGCGCUCUGCGACCUCCGGCGAUCGCCACUUUGAGCUAACGUGUACGCUACAUGCUGCAUAUUGCAUGCUACAGGCGAAUGGUCUCGUUGAGACCGACACAAACACCGGAGGACAGCCUCAGCACACGUUUACGUUUCAUAAAAACCGAGUUACACAACACACAAACCGCUUCCUCGUGGAAUGCACCCAAACGUAUUGCCGACUGCGAAUGAUAAAAUAUGCGUUUAACAUGAUUUUAAUACAUUGUAAACAAAGAGGUAUUGUAAAAAGCGUAUAACACUUCAAAAGUGAAAAAAAACGAGAUAAUUUAGUUUUUUCUUUAUAUCAAAUAAAUAAAAUAUAAUAAAAUCGAGUAUCUAACUUAAGUAUGAAAUAAUUUACUAAAACUUUACACCUAAAUGAUAUAAAUGUAUUGCAACACAAGAAGGAGCUUUGGAACCAUUCAGUGAUUCGGGCGGACGUAGAAUUUCCGUCGAUUUCCGGUGAUACGUUUCGAAUAAUAAAUCUAAAAGUUGUGAUUCAUCUUUGGUUUUGAGAAGACGUUUGUCGAGCUCAGUUCCAUAACUCCUCGCGGGUCGCAGCAAGGCGCGUCUCAUCACUCGGUGCGACCUGGUUAUUUCAUAAGUACUUACAUAAGUUACAGAUCUACUAUGAAGCUAAUGCAUCUUAAAGCGAAUAGAGAACUUUAACCAAACGAACGGAGCGAUGUGAAAAACAAUUAAACUAAUAAAUAGCGGGGGAAUCGUUUAACUGGGAGAACGGAAAAUAUGAAUGUGUCUAAAGUAUUUUAAAUGCCCACCCUUGUGGGUCACGGGUGAGCGAUUGUCGUUGUUUAUUUAUUCUAUAUGCAAGUCUUCUAUUUAUUUACUAAACAUACUAAGAAGAAAGACGCGAUAUAAAAUAAUCGAUUAAUAAAAACAUCACAGCUCACAAGCAAACGGUGAAGAUGAAGCGGCGACCGGACAGUCGGGUGAUCGAAUGAAAUCCUACUCUACGAUACAUAGCGCACUCUGGCAUUUUAAACCGGGAAUCGUCUACUGCUUACUUAACUAAGAAUCGGCAAAGAGUUAAUUUUAAAAGUUUACAAUCCGGAGCGAUACAAUGUCAUUAGUCGAAAUAGAUUUUCAUAUUCUAGAGUCGAAUAUAAAAAUCACUCGCUAAUCGGAGUGUGUGUGUGCGGGGGGGGGGGGGGCGGGUGCGCAGGGGGCGCGGGGGGGCCUGCGGGCAGAGAACUUGCUGUGCAGCAAGUCGCCGAGGCGUCGCGGCGCGCACCUCACACCUCGCACUCUCCGCACCGGACAGGGUCGUUUCGUUAACUUAUUAAAUGCUCGCAUUCCGGCAUAACAACGCUUAUCACAAUAUAUAAAAAUAUAUAUUAAAGAAGCUUACACUACAACUACACAUUGAUAAGAUGCACGUGCCCGUACGCCUCUGCCGAGACCGUCAUUUUAAAAAAUUAUUUGUGCGGCAGCACACGCGAGCCUGCGAACGUUCACAGCGUUUCCUUAAAUAUAAUGACAUAUUGCAUCUAUUGAACAAUUUAUGCUGUUUGUAUCCCGCCGGGAAGAAAUGGGAGCGACACUUCGUCUCAUAUAGCUCUAUAUAAUUUCACAAAUGUACUGGUAACUGGCUCGGCGCUCUUUGUACUGCUAGAUCUCUCCCCACCCUGCCUUCCCCUUCCGCCCUCGCUGGGCCAUUUCUUCCCACGAAAUACACAAGAUCAAGACAUUUCAAACGGGACGAAAGCAAUGCACAUAGAACAUUAUAGUGUAGGGACUAAAUGUAAUACUUUUUUGUCAUUUCAUCAUAAAAAUAUUUUUUAUCCAAUUCAUUUUAAUAGAGCGACAUUUAGAACAAAGCUCUGUAUCAGAAUACAUUAAUACUAUAGUGAGAACCCAUAGGUAAGAGAGUAACAGUGGGCGACGCGGCGCCGCGCCCACGCACAGGGCCGGCGUAGGCGCGGCGCGCGCCCCUACAUACACAGCGACAAGCUUUCUCUAAAUACGUGUGCACUUAGUGACAAUAAGAUUAGAUAGUCGAAAGGUUAAGCCUUAGAGGAUU